UGGGGUUCUGGAGGAUGUCAAACGGUGUGAAUUAUGACAACAACGUGCCGCAACAUCGAUUUCUUCGCGUUACUUUAUUAAAUGUUUGAAUUUAUAACAGAAAGCGAACAUGUUACGACUCACACAACGCCUCAUUAGGAAAAGUCUCAGCCUGACGUUCGUUUCACAGCAACGUGUGCUUGUAAAUCUCAAAGAUCAUCACACGGUUUUCAACUUUCCAAACCUAACCUCAGCGGCGUUUUAUUCCAAAGAUGUUAAAGUUGAAUCACCACUUUCCAAACUGCUGUUACAAGACAAACCGAAGGAGGAACAUAUAGCAGAGCCAGUCGAAGAACAAGAAAAGAAAGAAACCAGGGAACAAUCAUGGCGACGCAUGAAACUAACAUUAAUGGUGUUUGGUGUAUCGUUUCUAGGUUUCGGUGGUUAUCUGAUAGUCACACUAGGACAACCCAAAGUGGAUGAGGAUGGUGUGGUUCUUGAUGAUCCAUUUAUUAACAUGCCAGUUGUGAAACAAUAUGUUUUGAGGACACUUAGUGAACUCAAUUAUUACCAACAGUUAAUUCGUGAACCAUCAAGAGAUAAACUCCUCCCAGACAUGAUGCAGCAUCCUUACUAUUCACCUCAAUACACAUUAGUCCUAGAAUUCACCGAUUUACUCGUGCAUCCCGAAUGGACAUACCAAACCGGCUGGCGCUUCAAAAAACGCCCUGGCCUCGACCAUUUCCUCGAAUCACUCAGCGGAACCUUCGAAAUCGUCGUCUACACUGCCGAGCAAGGAAUGACAGUCUUCCCGAUCAUAGAACACCUUGAUCCCAAGAAUCACAUCAAUUACAAACUAGUCCGCGAUGCCACGCUAUUCAUCGACGGUAAACACGUCAAAGAUAUCGGUAAACUCAACCGCGAUUUAAAGCGCACAAUAGUCGUCGACUGGGACGGCCAGUCAACCAAAUAUCAUCCUGAUAAUGUUUUUGCGAUACCACGUUGGCGUGGCAACGAUGAUGAUUUGACACUGGUGCAUUUAUCAUCGUUCCUCAGCGCCAUCGCACAGAACCAAAUCGAAGACGUGCGGGAAGUAGUCAGAUAUUACAACACAUUCGAUGAUCCUCUGAUGGUAUUCAGGGAAAAACAGAAGAAAUUGAUUGAUAUGGCUGAGGAGGAUGCGCUGGCAAAGAGUAAGCAGAAGGAUCAAACGUCACCGGUGAAAAAAUGGACGCCGAGCUUCUGGAAGCGUUGAUUAUAUUGCGAAAUGUUGUCUGAGAGUUUAUUUUUUAACAAUGCUGUGGAUUGCUUUCUAGUCGAGGUGAAUAGCUGGCUAGAAACUGAAACAUUGUAAGGUAAGAUUAUUUUGUGGUUACAAUUGCUUCAUAUCUUGAUGAUAAUAAACAUGUUAUAACUUUUA